AUGAUGAAACACGGAGUGGUCAGAUUUAGAUGUCUGUUGAUCUUAUCGGUGAUCCUCCCCAAAAUUGACGGAGGGACCCUGACAGAAUACAACAACGUUCACAGCACGGUUUUAUCUGGUUACAACAAGGAUGCUAGACCCGUAAUUGAUCAGUCCCAGGUUAUGAACGUCACGUUGGGCUUCCAUCUGCUGACCAUCGCUAACGUGGAUGAAGUGACCAGCGAAGUGGUCAGUGUAGGAAGUUUUUACAUACACUGGAAGGACGAAGUUAUUCAGUGGGAUCCUUCGCUGUAUGGAUAUACUUUUUCGAUUAAUAUCGACGAGUCGCUUGUAUGGAAGCCACCAAUGACAUUUCUUAACCCUAUGUCUUCAAAUAUGGGUCUUUUAGGAUUCAAACAUUCAAAAAUCAAGUACUAUGCCGACGGCGGUGCCUACUGGAACAUUGCCGAUAGGUAUCAAACGACGUGUGAUUUUGACACGAGGUAUUUUCCUUUCGAUAAACAAACUUGCAGCAUGAAAAUCAUGGUCUGGGAUUACAAUAAACAUGAAGUCUUGAUGUAUGCAUCGAAUUCGGUAAUUGAUUUAAACUACUACAGUGAAAAUGGAGCCUGGAUCUUGGCUUCCACAGAAACCAAGUUUGAGCUUCUUGCAGAAAAUUCGGUCGUGGUCUUUAACCUUAAUUUGAAAAGGCGUCCUUUGUUUUUUGUUGUCAAUCUUUUUAUUCCAGUGUUUGUAAUGCUGAUGUUAAACACUUUGGUGUUUAUUUUACCAGCAGAUAGCGGUGAACGUGUAGGGUACUCCAUCACAUGUCUUCUGGCUUUGGCGGUCUUUCUGUCUCUGGUGUCAGAUGGUCUGCCACAAGUAUCCAAGCCAAUGCCAUUGAUAGGGUAUAUUUUGGCCACAUAUCUUAUAAUUUCCGGUCUCAUCUGCGUGGAAACCAUCUUCAUUCUUCGUGUACAUCAUAAAGAGGAAGAGGAGGAAAUUUCGCCGUUUUUUAUGCGGUGUUACAAUUUAUUUUCUUGUGGUUCCUGCAAAAAAAGCUCUCCAAGUGUGGAUAAUUUUACAACAGAAAAAGAUCAAGAAAUGACAAAAGUUGCUUUCGAGAUUCCCGAAUUAUCCCCUGUAACAUGGAAAAAGAUAUCGUCGAGUCUGGACAAAAUUUGUUUUAUGAGCAAUUUGGCCAGUGUAAUCAUAGUUGGGGCCGUUUUCUUUGUGAUUGUUAACGUCAAGUCCAUUUCUUGACAUUUCAAAUAUGUAAAUCUACAUACACAAAAAUAGUGCAGAGUGACACUGACUCUGACAAUAUCACAGUGCGGAGUAUUAGCAUCUUGAACAUCCUGGUACUUCU